AGUGAGCUGCACGGUGUCCUUUGAAUAAGAGGUUACAAAGAGAGAGAAAGAAGGAAGCGAAGCUUGAAAUCUGGCAACACUGCAGCUCAGAAUUUUAAAUAACUACAAAAACUUAUUUGUGAUGUAAAUUAGCAAUAAAUAUAUUUGUGUCAUGAUAAAAUGUCUUUAUAAAUUAUAGAUUUGUAUUUAAUUUGAUUAUUUUAAAGCCAAUUACUAUUUGGUGAACCACACCCUGUUUGAGUUUCUGACCAAUCACAGCGUUCGUUUCAUACGCAUUAAGAAAGCUAUAUAUACAAGGCAACUCAAAAUUUCCGUUACUAUUCGAUUGAAGGAGCGCCGUUGUCUGCUUCGUCAACGAGAAACCAGUUGCUUCUCAAGAUUUCCAAUCAUGCGUGAGUGCAUCUCCAUCCACGUUGGACAAGCGGGAGUGCAGAUUGGCAAUGCAUGCUGGGAGCUGUACUGUCUGGAGCAUGGCAUCCAGCCCGACGGCCAGAUGCCGUCUGACAAGACCAUCGGUGGGGGUGACGACAGCUUCAACACCUUCUUCAGCGAGACGGGAGCGGGGAAGCACGUGCCUAGGGCUGUGUUUGUCGACCUGGAGCCGACUGUUGUUGAUGAGGUUCGCACAGGCACGUACAGGCAGCUUUUCCACCCAGAGCAGCUGAUCACUGGCAAGGAAGAUGCCGCGAACAACUAUGCCAGGGGUCACUACACGAUCGGCAAGGAGAUAGUGGACUUGGUGUUGGACCGUAUCCGCAAGCUGGCCGACCAAUGUACCGGUCUGCAAGGCUUCCUCAUUUUCCACUCGUUUGGGGGCGGCACUGGCUCGGGGUUCACGUCCCUGCUGAUGGAGAGGCUCUCCGUGGACUACGGAAAGAAGAGCAAGCUGGAGUUUGCCAUCUACCCCGCGCCCCAGGUGUCCACCGCAGUGGUGGAGCCCUACAACUCCAUUCUCACCACCCACACCACUCUGGAGCACUCAGACUGCGCUUUCAUGGUCGAUAACGAGGCCAUAUACGACAUCUGUCGCCGUAACCUGGACAUUGAGCGCCCCACCUACACCAACCUGAACCGUCUCAUCGGCCAGAUCGUCUCUUCCAUAACGGCCUCUCUGAGGUUCGACGGUGCCCUGAACGUAGAUCUGACUGAGUUCCAGACCAACCUGGUGCCCUACCCACGCAUUCACUUCCCGCUGGUGACGUACGCGCCGGUUAUCUCCGCAGAGAAGGCGUACCACGAGCAGCUGUCCGUGGCGGAGAUCACGAACGCCUGCUUCGAGCCGGCCAACCAGAUGGUGAAGUGCGACCCGCGCCACGGCAAGUACAUGGCCUGCUGCAUGCUGUACCGCGGCGACGUGGUGCCGAAGGACGUGAACGCGGCCAUCGCGACCAUCAAGACGAAGCGCACGAUCCAGUUCGUGGACUGGUGCCCGACCGGCUUCAAGGUGGGCAUCAACUACCAGCCCCCGACGGUGGUCCCGGGAGGGGACCUGGCCAAGGUGCAGCGAGCCGUGUGCAUGCUGUCCAACACGACGGCCAUCGCGGAGGCGUGGGCCCGCCUGGACCACAAGUUCGACCUGAUGUACGCCAAGAGGGCCUUCGUGCACUGGUACGUGGGCGAGGGCAUGGAGGAGGGGGAGUUCAGCGAGGCGCGCGAGGACCUGGCGGCCCUGGAGAAGGACUACGAGGAGGUCGGCAUGGACUCCGUCGAGGGAGAAGGCGAGGGUGCCGAGGAGUACUAGACACAUCUUGACAAGCAACUGGAUUCAAGCAUUUAUUUAAUAUUUUUUUUUUUUUAAGCAUUAUUUGCAAAUGUAUUUUGUUUUGUUCAGUAAAUCCUUUUUGCAAUGA